AUGGCUUCCGACGACACACUGGAUGAGGAGGCUGCCCUCCGCAACCUUACCGCCGAUGUUCGAGAUCAAGAAGAUCUCGAAAGAGACAUCGGACUUCAGGCCAAUGCAGCCAUCAAGGAGCAACAGGAUAAGAACGACCAGGCCAAAAUCGACAAGCUCGAAGCUAGCAAGACGAGACUUGAGGCCCAACGAAGGAAGGAACGUGAGAAGCUUGAAGCCAACCGCAAUAACGUCUUCCAGUCACGCAAUAUCCAGAAGACCCUCGACAAGCUCGAGCUGGAGAUCAGGCAAAUUGACGGUGACGUGGCUGAUUUUAAGGCUCGUCUGGAGCGCCGCCAGGAAGAGGUGGCCGCCGCCGAACAGGAAGUUGCGCAGGGAAAGUCGCUGAAGCUGCCUAAUGAGAGCCGCCGCGACUACUUGGUGCGGACCGGAAAGAUCACGCCAUUUGCCUCCAUUGGCGGCCCUCGCCCUGAAGGGUUUGAAGGCGACUUUGCCGACACGCUGCUGGAAGCCGAGGACGAGGCCAAGGAAGAGGCUUUGGCAGCCAACGACAAGGAACCCACCUCCCAUCAGAUUCUCCGUCGCCCUGGGUUUGCGGAUGCCGCACCCGCACCUGCCGCCGUGGAAACCGAAUUCAGUUUACGUCCCCGCAAGAAGAGGAAGGUCAAGCAAGCUGGUUCUGACGAUGAUUUUGACCCUGCUUCGGCUGCCACAUCGGAUGCGCCGUCGCCAGAAUCCGCUGCAGCCUACACCUCAGAGGAUGAUACGAGUUCACGCAACCUCAAGCGAACGACCAAGGCCAGAGGCAAGAAGACUGCAGCCACAACGGAAAACGACGAUCUGAGCAGCAUUGACGAUGGAAACGAGCGUUCGUACCAACAGCGUCUGGCAGACUGGACCGAGAGGCGGAGCGAAGCUCGGAAACAGCGACGAUUAGAAGCUGGCGAUACGUCAGUGGAACCCAGUGGCCCGGAAUGGUCCAAGCCUUCGCCAGACGAGGAGGACUAUGUGAUCAAUGAUGAUCUCAGGCUUCCUGGCGACAUACAUCCCUCUCUGUUUUCGUACCAAAAAACUGGUGUUCAGUGGUUGGCCGAAUUAUAUUCGCAAAACGUUGGGGGUAUCGUCGGUGACGAGAUGGGACUUGGCAAGACAGUACAAGCCAUUGCCUUCAUUGCGGCCUUGCAUUACAGCAAGAAGCUUACCAAACCCGUCAUCAUUGUUGCUCCCGCCACAGUUUUGCGUCAAUGGGUGAACGAAUUCCACCGCUGGUGGCCGGCUCUACGUGUUUCCAUCCUACACUCGUCAGGAAGCGGCAUGAUAAACCUGCGCGAGGAUGACACAGACGAGGAAACACACAACGGGAGGCGUGACAAGUCUGUCCGUAAAAUAGUUGAUAGAGUGGUCAAGCAUGGACACGUGCUAGUGACUACCUACAACGGUCUCCAGACAUACCAAGACGAGCUGCUCCAUGUGGAGUGGGAUUAUGCAGUACUCGAUGAAGGCCACAAGAUCCGCAAUCCCAACGCCGAGAUCACAGUCCUGUGCAAGGAGCUGCGGACCCCCAACCGAAUCAUCCUCUCUGGCACACCUGUGCAAAAUAAUCUUUCGGAACUCUGGUCGCUUUUCGAUUUCAUCUACCCUAUGCGAUUGGGCACUCUGGUUACGUUCCGCACCCAGUUUGAGGUGCCCAUCAAGCAGGGCGGUUAUGCUGGUGCUACAAAUCUGCAAAUCCUGACAGCUGAGAAAUGUGCCGAGACUCUCAAAGAAGCCAUCAGCCAAUACCUCCUGCAGCGGCUCAAAAUUGACGUUGCCGCCGACCUUCCCUCCAAGACAGAACGGGUCCUGUUCUGCAAGAUGACAGAUAGGCAGCUCGAAGCUUACAAACAGUUUCUGAAUUCUGAUGCGGUCAACCAGAUUCUAAGCGCCCGACGGAAAUCCCUUUAUGGUAUUGACAUUCUGCGCAAAAUCUGCAAUCACCCUGACCUUAUCGACCCUCACCUUCAAAACAAGGCAGGCUACGAUUGGGGAGACCCUGAGAAAUCAGGGAAGAUGUUAGUUGUGCGGAAUCUCCUCCAAAUCUGGAAAAAGCUUGGCCACAAGACACUGCUCUUCUCACAGAGCAAAAUGAUGCUGAAUGUCAUCGAGAAAUUUCUGGGUGGUCUUGAGACAGUCAAGUACGUUCGCAUGGACGGCGAAACCUCCAUCGAGAAGAGGCAGAGUCUCAUUGAUCGGUUCAACACGGAUCCCGAGAUUGACAUCUUUCUCCUGACAACCCGUACGGGUGGUCUUGGAGUCAACCUGACGGGUGCAAACCGAAUCAUCAUUUUUGAUCCUGACUGGAACCCUUCCACAGACAUGCAGGCUCGUGAGAGAGCAUGGCGUCUUGGGCAGACUCGAUCUGUUGAAAUCUACCGUCUCAUGACUGCUGGCACUAUUGAAGAGAAGAUCUAUCAUCGCCAAAUCUUCAAGCAGUUCAUGACAAACAAGGUAUUGAAAGACCCUAAACAGCGAGCUGCUUUCGAUCUAUCGGAUCUUUACGACCUCUUCACAUUCGGCAAUUCUCAAGACAGCAAGGGCAAUAUCGACCGGAGCAGUAUUCUCAAAGAUGCCCAAGUCAAAUUCGACGGAACCACACCUCCCAAAGAGAAUGCUCCUGCCAGUCUAGUGCCAAUCUCAUCCGUGAGCAGUGAAAGCAGACCCCAGACUGGCUGCGAGGAAACGCGUCAAGUUCAGAAUAUCGAUGGCGUACAAGGCAUGGAAGAGACAAACAACCCAGAGGAGGUUGAGGACGAGAAGCGCAUGGUAGAAGGCAUCUUUGCUCGCAAUGUCGAGAGCGCUUAUGAACACGACAAGGUCAUGAAUGGCAAGAAGACAGUGCAGGCCGAUCGCGGAAUGAUCACGCAAGAGGCAAAUGCCGUCGCAGCCACAGCCGCAGCGAGUUUACGCCGAGCGCAUGUCCAGGCGCGCACCAUUACCCCGGGAACAGUAACUUGGACCGGCGAAGUUGGCGAAGCGGGACGUCCUGGUGCACACAACCGCCGUCGCGGCGCAGCACCGAGCAGUGCUGGCAUAAUGAGUCGUCUUGCUGCCCGGCAAGGUAUGGGCGCAUCGCCUUCACCUGUCGGACAGAAAGUGCAGACCGUAGAUUUUGGGCCCAAAAUCAUUGAGUUCAUCAAGCGGCACAGUGGCACGGUACCUACGAAGUCGAUAGUGGAUCACUUCAACCACGAGGUAAAGGGCAAGGCGCAGGUGAAGGAGCGAUUCAUGGAGGCCUUGGAGAGGGUCGCUAAGAUCAACAAGUCCGGAGGCGCUGGUCGUAGCACAUGGUCUUUGCGGCCGGCUUACAAAUGA